GUGACUUCUCCAGCUGAGACCACAGUGACAGUGACUCCCACUACAGCAGCUCUUAAAACAUCCACAUCUGCUCUGGAGACCAAUUCCCCAUCUGAGAUCCCAAUAGCUUUGGGCACCACUACAGAACUGGGGACACCCACAGCAUCCCCUGUCACCACUGUUUUCGCCGAGACUACUAAAACAUCACCCAUUGCUACAGCAGCACAGAGAAGUACAGCGGCUCCAAUCACUACCCCUACAGAGACCACAACAACUUACACCUCCACUACACGAGAGGGAACAACCACAGCUGCCCUUUUUACAACUUCUCUGGCUGAGACCACAACCUCUCUGGGCGUUCCUAUCAGAGGAGAAACAACAGCAGCCAUCUCUGUGAUGACCACAACAUCACUUUCACCUACCACAGCUGCAUUGACAAAUCAUGAAAUAACUGAGGUAAUCUACCAGAACACUGUUAAGCCAUUGGAACAAAAUAAAGAUAAUAAUGUCACAACAACACAGACAACUCCUGUGGUUAAAACCACCACGACCCAAAGUACAACAUUAGAGAGUACCACCAAAGCAGCAGCUCCUGUGAUCCCAAACAAACCUGGGACCAUCGCAACGUAUCUCACAACGGGAGCAGAAUCCACCGCCGCAGCCCCAGUGACCACUUCCACAGCUGAGACGAAAACUGCAGCUACCUCUAUGUUAGCAGAGACAUCCACUUCUGCUCGUCCAACCUCCUCCCUGGCUGAGCCCACAGAACUAAUUAGCAUUUCCACAUCACAGCAAACCACGAUCAUUCUGCCUGCAAGUGCAACAUCUGUUAUGACCGUUGCAGACACCACCGCGACAGCAGAAACAUCCACAUCUCCUCUAGAGACCACUCUCCCAGGUAAGACUACAGCAUUACUUGGUAACAGGACAGUAGAGGGGACAACCAUUCUUGCUAUCCCUACCACUUCACUAUCUCAGAGCACAGCUGCAGCCACUCCUACUAUAGCAGAGACAUUCACAUCUCCUGUAGAGACCAUAUCUCCAGCUGAGGCGACAGCAAUAGCUAGUACCACGACAACUGAAGGGACAACGAAACUUCCCCUUUCUGCAAGGACACAACCUGAAAGCACAGCUGCACACAUCUCUACCAUAGGAAUAACCUCCACCUCUCCUCUAGAGACAAAUUCGGCAGCUCAAACUACAGCAAUGACUAGUACCACUAGAAGUGAAGAGACAACAACGCUUCCCAUUCUGACAACUUCCGAACCUGGGAGCACAGCAACAGCCACCUCAAGGUUUCCAGAGACCUCCACAACUCCUGUAGAAACCACAACCCCAACAGAGAGGACAACAAUAACAAAAACCACAACCCCAACAGAGAGGACAGCAUUAACUAGUACCAUCGGAGCUGAAGUGACAACCACACUUUCCCUUCCUUCAACUUCACAACCUGAAAGCACAACUGCAGCCACCUCAACUGCUCCAGAAACAACCACAGUUCUGCAAGAGACCACUUCCCCAGCUGAGACUACACCAAUAAUUAGUACUUCUACAGUAGAAGGGACAACCACCCUUCCCCUUCUUAGCAUUUCACAAUCUGAAACCACUUCUGCAGCCACCUCUACGAUAGGAAUAACCUCCACGUCUUCUCUAGAGACGACUUCUGCACCUCAAACUACAGCAAUGACUAGUAGCAAUAGAAAGAUGACUUCUGCAACUCAAACUACAGCAAUGACUAGCAGCACUAGAAAUGAGGAGACACCCACGCUUCCUCUUCCGACAGCUUCAGAACCUGGGAGCACAGCGAUAGCCACCUCAAUGUUUCCAGAGACCUCCACAACUCCUGCAGAAACCACAACCCCAACAGAGAGGACAGCAAUAACUAGUACCAUCGGAGCUGAAGUGACAACCACACUUUCCCUUCCUUCAACUUCACAACCUGAAAGCACAACUGCAGCCACCUCAACUGCUCCAGAAACAACCACAGUUCUGCAAGAGACCACUUCCCCAGCUGAGACUACACCAAUAAUUAGUCCUUCUACAGAAGGGACAACCACCCUUCCCCUUCUUAGCAUUUCACAAUCUGAAACCACUCCUGCAGCCACCUCUACGAUAGCAAUAACCUCCACGUCUUCUCUAGAGACGACUUCUGCACCUCAAACUACAGCAAUGACUAGUAGCAAUAGAAGUGAGGAGACAACCACGCUUCCCCUCCUUAAAACUUCAGAACCUUCGAGCACAGAAAUAGCCACCUCAAUAUUUCCAGAGACCUCCAAAACUGCUGUAGAAACCACAACGCCAACAGAGAGCAAAACAAUAAUUAGUACCACUGGACCUGAAGUGACAACCACGCUUUCCCUUCUUGCAACUUCACAACCUCAGCACAACUGCAGCCACCUCAACGGCUCCAGAAACAACCACAGUCCUGCAAGACAUAACUUCUCCAGCUGA